AUGGGCCAAGCAAAGCCGCAUAAGCCCAUUGUUUUGAACGCCAACGACAUCACCAGCACGGCUUCGGAGCGCUUCCCAGACCCCAGUGCUGGCGGCGACGUUUCAUGGCGAACAUUAAUCUCCGCACCAAAGACGCGCUCAAACUCCUUUACCGUGGGCAUUGCUACAUGCGCUCCGGGCGUCUCGGCCGGGUGCCAAGGCCACCUUAAGCCCCACCGUCAUAAACAAGCCGAGCUGUAUCACUUCACCUCUGGUAAGGGCAUCGUGACGAUUGAUGGGGUCGAGUACCAAGUAAGCAAAGGGAGCGUGGUGUGGAUACCCGGUGAUGCCGAGCAUGGGGUUCGGAAUUUAGGAGGAAGAGGAAGAGGAGGAGAGGAUUUGGUAUGGUUGUAUGCGUUUGCUACCGAUGCGUUCGAGGAUGUUGUGUAUCGGUUCAGUGAGGGUGGUAAAGAAGCAGCAGCAGCAGCAAACAUAAAAGCGAAAUUGUAA